AAGAGAUAGCACAACCAUAGGGCGUGAAGAGGGCUCUUAGAGAGCGACAAUGGCACGACCAUCGAAGAGUACCAACAGCGCUUUGGCGGACAAAAAAAAAAAAUCUUCUGUGGCGGAGAGUAAAGCCAGUGCCUUGGAGUACAAGAAAAGCCUCAAAAGGAAACCUGCUGGUGGGGCUGGAUCAACGUCACCACCCAGCAGCAAAAAGCCACGGACUCCGGCAACACCCGCCAAGACCAAUAAAGCGGAAGUACGGAAGUCAAGCAGGAAGAUGGCGGCGAAGUGGGCCGAAGUUAGGCAAAGCAAAAAACUUAGGCAAAGCAAAAAACGCACAUCAGGCGAGGGGACGUCUGGCGAGGAUGAGGAUGACAACGGCAGCGAUGCCAUGGAAACUUCCGACCUUGGCGACGACACGCCAAGCCCAUCAGUCCGAAAACCCCCCGCCAAACGGCCUCCCCCCUCCCGCAAUGGAGGGACUCUGAAGCCUUCGCUGCCUCCGCCCAUGUCGGAAACCAUUUCGGAAACAAAAGCACCCCCUUCGACCUCGUGGCCAGGGUCAGGAUCAGGAACGCGGCCAGCACAACCGAUGUCGAACGGUAGCCCACCGGCUCCUCCGCCAGGUACACCUACAGCUACAGCUACCAAGAGGGCGACAGGCCGUCGCCUGGAAGGAAAAACGCACACACCCAGCCGGAAAUUUAGCUUUCUCCGGCACGCUCACGGGACCGAGGGCACGCUCACGGAUUCGGCUGCCGCAGCCCCCGCCUCCAAUGGUCCAAGCCUCAACUCGGACAAUCUCGGAGGGCCGAACGCGCGUGGCCAAGCUCGGCGGGGGCCGAGUUUCUUGAACCGCGAGCGCGCUGGGUGGGAUAAAGUGGGUACGGCAGGCGCUGAGGGAAAAGCACCAGACAGGAAAGGGACACGGUCCUUAGUUGGAUUAGUUGGACCGAACGACAAGAGUAAGGUGGAUUCGGUGCCGCAGCCGGCGCCAGCGGCGGCUGCUGCUGGUGACGGUGAUGGUAAUGGUGAUGAUGCGAGACCGAGGCGGGGCAAGGGUCCAGAGUGGGCUUUCAAAUGUGCUGUGGUGAUGGUGAUGGUGCUCCUCCUCGUAUCGGGCUUGCUAGUGGCAUGGCCCCAGGUGCAGGUUGCGGCGGGCGGCGCGUGGGGGGCUUUCCGGGGGCUUACCGCCAAGACACCACCAGUAGAAAAGUGCUUCCUACAACUGGGUGAGCAAGGGGACGUCGUCUGCAAGAGCGGCACGGAGGCCACGGACUGCCCCGCCCACGCAACGUGUGGCGCCGGUCGUAUCCUCCACUGUAACCUGCCGUACACGUUGAAGAAAGACAGGGCGGCAUGCGUUCUAGUCGCCGAAGCCGAGGAAGAGGCUAAGGCUGUCGUAGAAGCACUCCGAACACUGACGGCCGAAGAGCUAUGCAAAGGGAAGGGUCUGAUCAUGCCUAGGGCGUCUUCUCGCGGGAGCUUCAUCACGCUAACGGAUGCGGCCACCGCACAGAACAGGGGGCCGCUUUCUCUGUUGGCCGGAAUGCCGCCGGGCAACGUAGUCGGCCUGAUCGAACUAGAGGGAGAGCCUGCGCAAGUAUUUGGGGGAGGGCAGGAUGGCGCCGAGGACUGUGCGGGCAGCGGCAUGGAGAGGGUCGCUCGUCUGUCGGAAAGCGCGCACGACGCCGUGAUGGACACCCUGGGUUGGCGAUGCAAAGCGCGUCUUGCUGCUGGAAGCUGGUUUAUGACGUACUGGCAGUAUUGUCUGGCGAUGUACUGUUUGGUAGUGGGGGCAGUGUGCCUGGACCUGCGGAGGCGCAACAGCUACUACAGGCACGUACAGGUGUGCACCAUUCGCGACGUGUGCUACCAGACUCUGCUGGACAACGCGAGCAAGGAUUCUUCCGCCAUGCAGGUGUCGCACAUCCAAUCCUCCGUGACCGAUUGGACAAGGCAAAGGGUAGCGAAAAACCGGGCCACCAUUCAUCGGCACAUCGCCGACCUCUGGCCUUUGGUGGAGAGGGAAGUGGAGCACGACGAGAGGAUCAGGAGGUGUUACAAGAGCCUUGCAGGGAAGCGCAACGUGGCGUGUUGGAAGUGGGUGGGUCCGACGGGCACCAGCUUUGAGACUAUCGGGGCCUUGAACCCAGGACGUGCCCCUCGCCUGUUGUUUCUUCGGUGCCAAGAGCGAGAAAGGCCGAUGCCAUGAUGCCAACUUGGGUUGAUACAAGCUUUGCCAAACUUGGGCCUCUCUCUGUUGGCGUUGUAGCGACAGAGGUGAGGCCAACUACAGUCUGUUUCAGGUCACCGUCGCAUGACCCAUUUCAGUAGUGCAUACGAGUAGUAUUUAAAGAUGCCAGUGCUAAAACAAGGUAGAUGUUGACGUCCAUGCGGAGGUCUGAGACAAGCAAUACAUUGGUUUGAUCCAUGUGGCGGUCGUAGCCGUUAUGUUCUUUCUUCUAUUUUACAUCGGAUCAAAAGGUAGGAGUCUAGAUACGUAUGGGGAUCGGAGCCGUGUGUUCAUAUUUGAAACUUGAAAAACAAAGUGCGGUGGGGGUUACCAUUUGUGUCGAUAAACAGCCGGGUCGGCUAGGCUUUAACAGGAGGUAUUGGGCGCGGUUCUUGUAAAGUCAAAGAAUAGGGUUGCAAUGCGAUAAUGUACAUCGAGGGUCAUGUGGCUCGCACUCUUGGAUUAAAGGAAGCGAGACCGAGCGAGAGCCCUGUUGAAUUGCCGAGGAACUGGUGCUGCGGCAAAGGGCUUCCCAGCCAACCCACUAUUUGUUUUUUGCGAAGUUAUGCUACCUUGGGUGCUGCAACUGUGGCACAUCCGCGGGCCUGGGUUAUUUAGGUUUUAUUGGUGACCACUUUUGUACCCAUUCCUGCUGUGGGUGGGGGGUUUGCAUGAUUUCAUCACCGAUUUCCGAAUUGCAUACAACAGGAACCAACCCAACAUGCAGGAAUAGCCUAGAGCAGCUGGUUCCGCGUUGCAAGUAUUGUAGCACGUGUUGAGGUACGCACGGCACCAGUUGCGGGACUGGAUAUAUUCGAUGGCAUGGUUGCCGGUUGGGUGCACAAGGCUCGCUGACAUUUUCAGUGCUACGCAUACUACAGGAGGGGGGGGCAUCAUUGGAUCAUGCCGGGGAAAUGGUGCUGCCAUGGACAGCUUGAUGUAUUCCGGAAAGUGAGAUCGUUUUGGUGAUUGGAUUGGGAUCAUGUCCAUGGGUCUUAACUUCACCGAUCAAAGGAAUCACAUU